AAGAAUUCUUAUUUUCCCACUUUCAUCUCCUAUUUCUUCAUUUCCCACAUCUCUUUCUUUUUGGCCCCCUUUUCUUCUUUGUGUAUAUGCACACGGUUGGGUUGAAUUGUAAAGACAAACUCCAUAAUUUUUUCUCACUCUUUACUUCUCUCACUGAUUGAUCUUAACUCACCUCAAAGCUGCCUACUUGCCAGGCUACUCAAUGCUUUUUUUCUGACAGAAUACAUCCAUCAAAAAGUAAAGAAAUACCCCAUUAAAAAUACAGUAAAAACCCCUAUUUCUUCUGCUAAAUUUGCCUAAGAACUUAAAAAGAUUCUAUCUUUAAGCAAAACCCAUUAAUUUCUUCAUGGGUUGUUGUCUAUCUACAGAAAAAAACCCAGAAAAAUUACCCAAUAAUACUAAUAAUCAUAAUAAUUCUAACCCAGUUGUUAACCAUCUUCAACAAACAUCAGGAAUUGAUACUGUUGUAGUGGGUGGAUUUGUUAGUUCUGGUGGUGUUCCUGCUUUUGCUGAGUUUUCAUUUGCUGACUUAAAAGCAGCAACUAAUAAUUUUAGCUCAGAAUUUAUAGUGUCAGAAAGUGGUGAAAAAGCACCUAAUGUUGUUUAUAAAGGUCACCUCAAGAAUCAACAAUGGAUUGCUGUUAAGAAGUUUACCAAAUUAGCUUGGCCUGAUCCUAAACAAUUUGCGGAGGAGGCUUGGGGAGUUGGAAAAUUAAGGCAUCAAAGACUUGCAAAUUUGAUUGGAUAUUGCUGUGAUGGUGAUGAAAGGUUGCUGGUUGCUGAGUUCAUGCCUAAUGAUACCCUUUGCAAACAUUUGUUCCACUGGGAAAAACAAACACUUGAGUGGGCAAUGCGAUUGAGAGUAGCUCUUAAUGUUGCUGAAGCCUUAGAUUACUGUAGUUCCGAAGGUCGUCCAUUGUACCACGACCUAAAUGCUUACAGAGUUCUCUUUGAUGAGAACGGUGAUCCUAGACUUUCAUGCUUUGGAUUGAUGAAAAAUAGCAGGGACGGUAAAAGUUACAGCACAAAUCUUGCCUACACCCCUCCCGAAUAUCUUAGAAAUGGAAAAGUCACUCCCGAAAGUGUUAUUUAUAGCUUUGGUACAAUUCUUUUGGACUUGCUGAGUGGAAAACAUAUACCUCCAAGUCAUGCCCUCGACAUGAUACGUGGCAAAAAUAUUAUCCUUUUGAUGGAAUCCCAUCUGGAAGGAAAGUAUUCUACUGAGGAAGCAACUGUGGUCGUUAACCUGGCUUCUCAAUGUUUGCAAUAUGAACCUCGCGAGCGACCAAACACCAAGGAUCUUGUUUCAACACUUUUCCCAUUGAAUACAAAUCCUGAUGUUGCAUCACUUGUAAUGCUUGGCAUAUCAAAGCAAGAGGAAGCACAAGCACCUGCUACCCCACAACGACCUCUUUCGCCCAUGGGUGAAGCAUGCUCUCGGAUGGAUCUCACAGCGAUUCAUCAAAUAUUGGUUAUGACACACUACAGAGAUGACGAGGGUACAGAUGAGCUAUCGUUCCAAGAAUGGACCCAACGAAUGAGAGACAUGCUUGAAGCAAGAAAGCGUGGGGACUAUGCAUUCAAGGAUAAAGACUUCAAGACAGCCAUUGACUGUUAUUCUCAGUUCAUAGAGGUGGGCAAUAUGGUUUCACCGACUGUAUACGCAAGGAGAAGCUUGUGCUACCUCAUGAAUGAUCAAGCAGACACGGCUCUUAGAGACGCAAUGCAAGCACAAUGUGUGCACCCUGACUGGCCUACCGCCUUCUAUAUGCAAUCGGUAGCCCUUGCAAAGCUGGAUAUGCAGAAGGAUGCUGUUGACAUGCUAAAUGAAGCGGCUGGUCUCGAAGAAAAGAGGCAGCAAAAAGGUGGAAGAAGUUGAAAUCAACAUUAAAUGAUUUUCCUUUUUCGAAAAAGGAUAGAUUAGUGUUCUUCCAAGCCUAUUUGGUUAAUGUAAGAUCUGUGAUGGAAAUUCAAGAUUUUUAUUGAUGCAAAAAUUGCAUCCACUUUUAAUUGUAUGAUCAAUUAUAUCAUUGUAUGUUAUUUGGGCCUGCUUGAGAUUGGGAUAAAGAAGGGAAAAAAGGAAAUGAAAAAUGCAUUUUAAUAAAAUAA